GAAUGUACCAAAUUCAUGCAGUGCUACUGUAAACCAGGAUUUUUUCCCCAGGAUGAUAUUUGUGUACAGUUGCUUGGUUCAGCAUGCUCUACCAAUGCAGAAUGCACUGCUGUGGACCAGCACAGUGAAUGUGGCACAGAAGGAACAUGUGUAUGUCUGCCUAGCUAUGUCAACUCAGGAUCCAUGUGUGUAACACUGGUUGGGGCAGCAUGCAGCCUUAAGCCAACUAUGUGUGAAGAGGGAGAUAUCAACAGUGAAUGUGUCAAUGAUGUGUGCAGCUGCAAGGCUGGCUAUUUUACAGUAGAUUUGAAAUGUGUGCCAGUGAUGGGCUAUGACUGCUCUGGUAACUCAAGUAUAUGUGAG